AUGGGUCCUUUUGGAGACGCUGGAGAAAGCUGCUGCAUAGCGGAUUCAUGCAACGUCAGAGCGAAACCUAUAGGCCGAUCCAGAGUUUGGAAUCAAAGGUCCUCAUGAAUGAUUUGCUUAAAAGCCCGGAGAGAUUCCGUACACAUCUUGAGCGUUAUGCGGCAUCGGUUAUCGUCACUGUCACAUACGGACGAAGAGUCGAGGACGUGGAUACCGAUAUUGUGGUGCAACGGAAUGGCGAGUCGAUGGAUCGGCUAACUCAAGUCAAUAUUCCUGGGAAAUAUGCAGUCGAGCGCUAUCCGGCACUUAAGUAUGUGCCCAGCAUAUUUGCGCCAUGGAAAGCACAAGUGCUAAAACAGCGACAAAAAGAUGUCCAAUUGUACACUGACCUCAUGGAUGAGGUAAAGGAGAGAUUGGCAAAGGGCGCUUUGCCUACAUGCUUUGCCAAACACCUUUUAGAGGAACAGAAUAGUCUUGGGAUGCCAGACCUCGAGCUCGCUUAUGCCGCGGGGUCCCCUUUUGGUGCUGGGGUAGAGACAUCGGCAGGUACACUUGCUAGCUUCCUCUUGGCGUGUGUAAAAUUUGGCCCUCAGUUCAUCCCUAAGGCACAAAAUGAACUUGAUAGGGUAAUAGGGAGUGGUAGACUUCCCACGUUCGAGGAUAUGCCUCGAUUGCCCUAUAUUAAGGCAGUGGCCGCUGAAACUCUGCGUUGGAGGCCAGUAGCAGUGUUAGGGGGCACGCCGCAUGCAAGUACAGCUGAUGAUGUGUAUAAGGGGAUGUUUAUUCCUAAAGGAAGCACUAUUAUCGCACCUCUGUGGAGUAUUCACUUGAACGAAUCGGAUUUCCCAGAUCCAGAUAAAUUUCAACCAGAGCGCUUCAUAGAGGACCGUGAGUACCCCGGCACAUUUGGUCAUAGCGCGUUUGGUUGGGGGAGAAGAAUUUGCCCUGGAAUGCAUCUCGGGACCGCGUCUGUCGAACUGAACAUUGCUCGGAUAUUAUGGGCAUUCGAAGUCGGUCCUGCAAAAGAUGCGAGUGGAAAGGAUAUCGAUGUUGACAUAUUUGCUUUCUCGGAUGGGUUCAACUCAAGUCCGCUACCAUUUCCCUGCUCAAUGAUACCACGGUCUGCAAAACAUGCGAAGGUAAUAGAACAUGAGUUUCAGGAGGCUCUAGAAUCGUUGAAGACAUAUACUGCAGUUACUAACAAAAUCUCUUGAAUUGGGGAAGUUGAAAAGCUUGUCUCGAUAACAGCCUGUAUUGCGGAUAUGAUACAAGGGUGGCUGAUUAAGAAGAACGUGGAGGGAUCUAAGGUGGACCAUAAGCCCGUAUCCGC